UUCGCUCUGCCGCCCACUAUAUUCGCCAAAACAGCCGAAGCACUCAAGUCUACGCUCGUGUCCAAGACUGGUUGGACUCGACUGGUCAUAGAGAAGCCCUUUGGCUCCGACAGCGAGUCAUCGAAGGUGUUGUCGGACGCCCUCAUCAAACAGGGUUGGGAUGAGAGUCAGAUCUACCGCAUCGACCACUAUCUCGGCAAAGAGAUGGUGCAGAACAUACUGGCCCUGCGUUUCGGAAACCGGCAGUUCGAGCCCUCGUGGAACAACCAACACAUCGCUAACGUCGAGAUCCUAUUCAAGGAGCCGUUCGGCACUCAGGGAAGGGGCGACUACUUUGAACAGUACGGCAUCAUCCGGGAUGUCGUCCAAAAUCAUUUGCUUCAAGUGCUGACACUCGUGGCCAUUGAAAAGCCCGAGUCGAUGGAC